CCAUUUCCGGCCUCCGCCGCUCCGCUCUCGCGCCGGCCCGGGGGGCGUCGGGGAGCAGGUGGCCCCGCGGCCUUUGUCGCCGGGCGCCGCGUCCGGGACCUGCCGCUGCGUGCGGGGCCGCGCUCCCGCGGCGAGGUGGGUGGGGGGCGGCAGCCCGGAUCCCCGGCCGACAUGGCAGAAGUCGGCAUCGAUCAGUCCAAGCUGCCCGGCGUCAAGGAAGUGUGCCGAGAUUUUGCUGUCCUGGAGGACCACACCCUCGCCCACAGCCUGCAGGAACAAGAGAUUGAGCAUCAUUUGGCAUCGAACAUUCAGAGGAGCCGUUUGGUUCAGCAUGAUCUCCAGGUGGCAAAGCAGCUCCAAGAGGAAGAUCUGAAGGCUCAGGCCCAGCUCCAGAAGCGCUACAGAGACCUUGAGCAACAAGAUUGUGAAAUUGCCCAGGAAAUCCAGGAGAAGCUGACAAUUGAGGCAGAGAGACGGCGCAUUCAGGAGAAAAAGGAUGAGGACAUAGCUCGCCUAUUGCAAGAGAAGGAGUUACAGGAGGAGAAAAAACGAAAGAAACACUUUCCGGAGUCCUCUGGAGUCAGUGCUUAUGGAGAUAGUUACUAUUACGAAGAUGGAGACCAGCCUCAGUCAAGGAGGGCAAGGGAAUUGGGGUCUGGAUUCCCAAGGUCUUGUAGACUUGAAAGUGAUGAAAAAACUGGGAAACGGAGGAAGGAGAAAUUAAAACAUCGGCCGGAGAACUUGGAUGUGCCAGAAGAACACUCUUCAGCAGAGAAACCUCUGUCAUCCCCUAGUAGGGGGAGAGUCAGAGAACAUUCUCGAAUGGAUACUGAGCAUCAUGAAAGGAAACGGCCUGAUCUUGAACGGCCACGGAGACCACCCCUGCCCAAGAUCCACGGGGAGGUGUUUCUCAGUACUGAGUCUGAUGACUGUGAAGCGAACAGUGGCUCUCGAAUCUGGAAUAGGGACAAACAGUCCGGACACCCAGCUCGUCUUUCGCCCAAGUCCUUACAGAAAGUAGGGCUUCCUUACACGGAGGAUGUGUGUGGGAGAGACCGCGGGCAAGGUGAGCAAAAAGAGAGGAAACACAGGCCCAGGACUCCUCCCUUUUCAGAGAGUGAAAAAUGGCUUCGACCUCCUGGCACAGGAGUGAAACCAAGAGUGAUGAAAGACGCGGUCUCUACUUCAUCCCGAGUGGCCCAUAGAGAACAGGAAUGGUAUGAUGCUGAAAUUGCCAGAAAACUGCAAGAAGAAGAAAUUUUGGCUACCCAGGUCGACAUGAGAGCAGCUCAAGUAGCGCAGGAUGAGGAAAUUGCUAGACUACUAAUGGCUGAAGAAAAGAAAGCUUAUAAGAAAGCCAAGGAGCGCGAGAAAUCAUCUUUGGACAAAAGAAAGCAUGACACUGAUUGGAAGCCAAAAACAACUAAAUCUACACACUCAAAGUCAAAGGAGAGUGAUGAACCACAGCGUUCUAAGAAUGACAGGCCAGCACGACCACCACCACCUAGCAUGACAGAUGCCGAGGAUUUGGAUUACACCCAUUUUACAAACCAGCAGAAUUCCUCACGUUAUUUCUCAAAGUCGGAGUCCUCUCCUAAAGGUUUCCAUUAUAAGUAAGAACCAGGAAUCUGCUUUGAAAAUGGACUCAACUGUAGCCAGUAUUACUGGAGGAUUCAGAACGCAUUCCAUGCUUACUUUUCUUCUAUGGUUAUAGUCCUGAGAUGUAUUAUCCUCAAGUGUUCCUCUGACCAUGAACAGUGAUAGCUUAUUUAAAAUGUUUUGGUUAUUCAUAAUCACUUGGGCAGUCUUAAGAAAAUCUAGUUUCUGAUAAUUGGCCACCCACCUCCACACUGCACAUGCUUUCUGGGAUACGGUAUCUAAGAGCUCUGUAAAAUGCCAUUUUUGCUAGGUGUGAAGUGUUGGUUUCUAGGGCCUAGAUCUUAAUGAGCAAUUAAAAAUUUGGGCGAUAAACAUUAAAGUAAAACCUAAUAAUUGGAUGUAAUACAGAAUAAAAGGAUAUGUAAGAAGGA